UCCCGCGUCGCCGCAUUAGCAGAAGUGCUAAAACUAUCGACACGAUGCGCUUCAUUACGGAGUCCGUUUGGAGCGCCGCGAAGUUUCGACAAAGCAGGACCACAACGACUUGAACGUCACCAGACCAAGACACCGUUCUUCGAGUCUUCGCGUCGGGAGCAACUCGUCUCGGUUCGUGAAGCCGUUUCAGCUAUUUUAGCUUAGCAGGCUGGCCGCUGUCGAAGAGGAGCCGACGCGGCUCAUGUCGCGGAGAGCAAAUAGACGAGUGUGAUCGUCGCGUAAAAUGUGUGCACAACCAACAGCGCAGUGCGCGGAGGAACUCUGCGAAAGAAAAGAAAAGAAGCGGCGACCACGUCAAACAUUCCCACCGGACGCCGUUUUAAGGCCCCGAGUUGGGUUCCACGAAGCAGACGUCAGCCAAGAGCUUCGCUGUGAAGAGCAGGAGCCGGAGCCCCUCCGCAUAAAAGAGGAAGAGGAGCCGGACCCCGCUCACGUUCAAGGCGAGGCGCCGGAUUCCACUUUGAUUAAAGAGGAAGACCAGGAAGCCGACGUCACCCACUUUCCACUGACGGUCAUUGUGAAGAGUGAAGAUGAGGAUGAGGAGGAAGCUGAUGGAGAGCCCCGUGGAGGAUCUGCAUCAGGCACCUUCUUCGCGCCGCUGACAGACAGCGACGACGCCACGUCACACGCUCCUGACACAGAUGAUGAUGAUGAGGAGGAGGAGGAACCGGAACCCUCCAAAGGUGCUACGAUGUGUCCCACCAAACGUGUGAAAUGUUCCCAGUGUGACAAAACAUUUUACAAUAAGUCGACAUUGAAAAGACACACGAGGACACACACCGGAGAGAAGCCUUUUGCCUGCUCAAUUUGUGGGAAAGGAUUCUCGAUCAAGACAAACUUAACGAGGCACAUCCGAAGACACAAUGGAGAAAAAGCUUUUGCCUGCUUAGUUUGCCAUAAACGAUUCUCCAUCAAGGAAGAUUUGAAAAUACACACAAGGACACACACUGGAGUGAAACCUUUCGCUUGCUCAGUUUGCGGUCAAAGAUUCUCUCGAAAUACAAUUUUAACGACACAUAAAAGAACACACACCGGGGAAAAACCCUUUGCCUGCUCGGUAUGUGGGCUUCGAUUCACUCAAAAGACCAAUUUAACAAGGCACACAAAAACCCACACCGGUGAGAAACCUUUUGCUUGUUCCGUCUGUGGGAAAACGUUUAACCGAAAGACAAAUUUAGCAGCGCACUCCAAAACACACGCUGAGGAGAAACAAUUCAGUUGUGGUGUGUGCGAGAAAAGGUUUCAUUUCAAGCGUGACGUGAAGAGACACAAAUGUGCUGGCGAAAAGAGCAGCCAGCAAUGAAGCUGCUGAAAGAGAAAAGAAAAAAA